AUGGAUAAAGAAACUAAAAAUGCUGAUGAAAUAACUUAAUAAUUGAAUUGUAUAGCCUAAAAAUUUCAAGAAGAAAAUAUAUAAUUUACUUACAAAUUCAUGGGUGAAUGGGUUCCUUAGGAAACAGAAAAUGUUUCAGUCACAAUAGACACCUAAAAGUUGAAUUUCCAUAUUAAGGGUAAAGAUCCAUAUGGAACUUGGAAUCAGAUGGGCUUAAUAACUAUUAGUAAAAGUAAUCAAGUUGAAACAUUUUCAAGAAAACUUUAUGAUGAUUCUUAUCUUCAUGGAGGUGAUGUAUUAAUAUAUUAUGGAUAAUAUGAUAACUCUAUCUAGACAUUUAGUGGACAUUGGUACUAUCUGGAGGGAUAAUAGAAGGGAGAAUGGUCUUUAAAAUUUUAAAUUUAAUGA